AUGGUCUUCCAGUCGGCUAUCACUCCAACUGACACACCAAAUGAUGCUCACACACCUGUCAAUGCUCAUACACCUUCAGCAUUAUCUCAGACUCAGGGAUCAGGAUCAGGGUCAGGAUCAGGAGCAGGAGCAGGAGGAUCAGGGUUGCCACACAGCCAUUGUAAAAUUUUAAUUGAUAAAGAAAAUGAUAGAGAUAAAUUACUAAUAACCUAA